UGCCAUUCAACCAAUCAUGGUGACCGAAGAAGAACAAGCCAGUGUUAUAACCUCAACAUCUCAACAGCCAAGAUACCGACAAGACACAGUAGAAGAUGACGGAAGCAGUAAUGCCUCUCCGAACACCUAAGAAUUGAAAGAUAGUAAUAUUUCAAAAUUAUUCCAAGUUCAAACACAGGAGUAGGUAUAUCAUUUUGAGUGGAUUAUACCAAAUGAAGAUUUGACCCUGAAAACUUUAUGUACACUGUGUUUGAAUAAUUCUUAGGAGAAAAGUGAAAAGACUUGUUUUGCCUAUCUAGUGCCAAAAUUGUUUGAACCAUUACCUAUUAGCUAUGGAUACCUAGUCAUUUCAAUGACAAUCAUCAAAUUGAAUUCUUUGCGAACAAGUUAUUCACAUUUCAGUAAAAUGUCAUGACAUUUUUCUAAAAUUUUCAAUGCUUAUUAUGUCAUGAAUACCCACUAGGUAAUAACACUAAAGAUGUUUAAGUACCUACGUGGCAAUAGCUUUUUCAGAGAUUUUUGUUAUACUAUGGUGGUGCAAUUAUCUAUACUUGGUUCAUUAGUUACCAGUUUUUUUAAAAUAGCUUUUUUUGUUGAAAAUGUACACAAGAUAAGUAGUAUUUCAACAAAAACCUCUGGAAAUUGUCGAAUUCGUUAAUUUUAUUACUAUUUAUUGUAAGCAUAUUUCGUAUAACGUUUCAAUAGGUAACUGAAAUCAUUAAUUCAAAUUGACAAAUUUGAUUUGCUCUUGAAACUAAAAUCUUGCCAGAAAUUUUGUAUUUGUUCAACCUAUUGAAAAUAUUUUAAGUUUGCCCCAGUAUGAGGAUAUCUGUGAUAGUAGCAAAUAUGAUAUGACGAUAUAGGAGUCCCAAUUGCUUCAUUAUUUAUUUUAAGUUGCGUGUUUUUAUUUACCUGGCAAAUGUACUUUACUUAUCAAUGGCUUUUCAUCAAAUGAAAAUCAAUAGAUUGUUUUGUGUUACAUAAUAAAAGACAAAAAUAGAUGGCUUUUUAUAAAUAUAGAAUUUAGAGAGUGAAAAUAAAAGAUUGUGAUUCGUGUUAUGGAAAAUAAUAAUACCUACUACAAUAA